AUGCCGUUCGUUGAAAGCAUUUGGAACAAGCAUGGCUUGCUCGGCUGGAAGGCCAUCAAGUACCCUACCGCACUAGACGGGUCGCGUUCGGCAUACCUCAUUUCUACCCAGCUGGAAUUUGAAAGCAGCGAAGGCUUGAGAGAGGCUUUGCAGGAUCCAGAGACCUCCAAAGUCUUUGCAGACCUCCCGAACUUCACGAACUCCUGCAACCAAGAGGUAAUGGCACUCAUUGCUCGCAGCCAGAUGAGAGACAUCGUCCCCAAUGUAUCAAGAAUCCCCCGUCCAGUUUGGGCUGCCGGACUCGGAACGAUUGGCGGGUUCAUGUUUCUUCGAUGGGCGAACUCUUACCUGUCCAAGUGGGGGCUAAAUAACAACGUCAAGGACAACACAUGGGACUGGAGCCGGGAGAUUGUCGUUGUAACCGGGGGAAGCGGUGGCAUCGGGGCGAAAAUCGUCUCGUCUUUGGCCAACCGUAACAUCACGGUUAUCAUUUUGGAUGUGGUAGAACCUCACGAAAGUCAGGCCCGCAACGUUUUCUUCUAUAACGUUGAUAUUACCAAUGUCGAAGACCUACAAGCCACCGCGAAACGCAUCCGAUCGGAACACGGCGAUCCCACCGUUCUCAUCAACAAUGCAGGAACAGGGUCCGGCAGGCCGAUCCUUGAAAUUCCCACGGCGCAAGCUCAGAAGGUCUUCAACGUCAACAUUGUAUCGCAUUUCUUGUUGAUCCAAGAGUUCCUGCCAUCAAUGGUGUCCCGGAACCACGGGCAUGUAGUCACCAUGGCAAGUACGGCCUCAUUUCUCACGCAGGGCGCCAACGUGGACUAUUCGUGCACCAAAGCCGCGGCUCUAUCGUUCCAUGAGGGACUCGGUCAGGAAUUGCGAUUCGUCUACAAGGCACCUUCUGUUCGAACGACUAUCGUACACCCCAGCUGGGUUCGUACCGCUAUGAUUCAGCGGUUUCUUGACAAAGGCCUCGUGAAUAAUGCUGCAAUUGACCCAGAAGACGUGGCGGGAGCAGUGGUUAAUCAGAUACUGUCUGGCUAUGGAGCCCAGAUCGUGCUUCCGCCUAGUUUGGGGUGGCUUUCGCUGUUUCGGGGUCUCCCAUCGUGGUGGCAGGAGAAGAUGCGUGGCUGGCUGACGGAAUCCUAUUUGCAAGGAAUUAAUUGA